GGGAGACAUAGCAAUUUCAGCUCAGUAUGCUUCCUCAUGAGGCAGGCAGCGCUCGACUAGCAACCGCCACCAAAUGCCUUUUUUUUUUUUCCUCCCAACUGAGCAAUAUUGGUGAUACUGUGCGUUGCGGCCGCAACAAUGUCUAACCUGUGUGAGUGGCACGUGAUAUCAGACCAGAGUUGAGAGAGAGGAAAAAGGACAUCUGUGUCUGCUUUCUUUUUUUUUUUUUUUGGUCAUCUGGAUGGGAAGUCUUUUUUGGGAGGAGAGACAGAAGAAAGCAGAAGGCAGCCGGGGAAGGGGAACAACUGGCACUAGCCAAUCCCCCCUUCCACACAUAGACUGGAGACAACGGAGGCCACUGGAGUAUUUGCUUUUCUCUUUCGUUUUUUUUUUUUUUUUUUCCUCAUCGCGCUGCUGGGAGGUGCUUUACCUUUUCAUUUGGUUGCUCUCUCGGUCCUCUGUCUCCUCAUCUAUUUCGCCAUUUACCUGGUCAACAAUUUCUGCCAUUUAUGAGCCAGACAAGGAGGGAGAGAGAGAGAGAGAGGCAGAGAGAAAGAGAAAGAGGAGGGGGAUCUUUUUCCGUUUUUUUGCCCCCUAUAUUCUCUUUUUUUUGCUCCCUUCAUUCAUUCCUCCGUCCCUCUCCAUUGCUAUCGCUGCCAGCCCUUUCUAUCGCUGUGCAGCCCACGCUCCCUCCUCCCUUCACCGCCUCCCUCCUCCUCCUCCUCCUCCUCCUCCUCCCCACCACUCCGCUCACUGUCCACCAGUAACUUUGGCUACUUUUUUGACUCCACCAGUGUUUUAAUUCCCUUGCUUUACCCCCCCCUCCUCUUUAUAGAGACAUUUUAAUUGGCUUGCUUGUAUUUUCUAUUUAUGCCUUUUUCACUUUUGUACCUUUUCCUAUUUCCUAUUUCCUCCUUCUCUUUUUUCCUCCCACCACCCUAUGCAUCUUUUUUGGGCGAUUCUUAAUUCUAACCAUAGGAGAUUUAACGCCUCUCCUCUUCAUUACAUGAAGAUAAAGGGAAGUGGGACUUUUGAGCAUCCGUCAACACGCUAAAGGCUCUCUGGAUUUAGCUGUUUUCCUGUGGAAUUACCCUUUAAAUCCUGGAUUUGAAUUCCAAGCGAGAAAAAAAAUAAUUAACAAUAAUUAAAACUGUCCUCAAUUCGGGACUCUCUCUUUUUGACUUCUUUUUGUAACGGACUGAAGCUGAUUUGCAAUAUUUCCUUUUUUCAACUAUUGAAUCUUAAUGGGAUUUCACUGACGCGGAUUAAAGACUCAAGCCACGUCUUUGUCUAUUAGUUGACGUAACAGCCGUGAUUCUUACAAUUUCUCCAGCCUACAAAAUCCAUUAGCUUUAAUGUUUGUUAAUGUUAAGGGUUAAAUAGACUGGCGGACGUCCGAAAAAACAAGCGGCGCCAAACGUCUCUUCGGAGGAGCGAAGGGGAGAACAGAAGCGAAGCUGCUCCCGUGGAGUACAAUUACCUUCCAAACUGCUGCUUUACCCUCUUGACCCAUCGAGGAUUUUACCUAAAACUGCUUUCAGCCUCCCUCAGUCUGAGGCUAUGAGAGGGAGAGAGGAGUCCCAGGCCGCACCAUCAUGCUACUUCUGAGACGCUGGGAUGAGACUUUGGCUGGCAAAACGCAAGGUAUUGCUCUCCCACUUCUCCACCAUGCCUGUCUGCCGCGGCCCCUCUUCGCCUCGCGGCCAAGCAGGGGCCUCCUCCACCUCCUCGGCCCCCUCGGUCACCCAGGGGCAGGAGAGGCGGGUCCGACCCCUGCAUCCACCCCCGCCUCCGUCGCUCCGCUGCCACACCGGCGCCUCUCACCACCUCUCCCUUCUCCUCCUGCUGCUCUGCCUCCUCCACCUGCCGCCGGCCUGCCACUCGCGGAGAGAGAAGGGCGGCGCAGGCGGCGGGGGAGGCGGUGGCGGCCACUACGUCCCCAUCCCCCAGCCCCCUCCCCACCACAUGGCCCUGCCCAACAUCCUGCGCGGCCUCAGCAUCGCCGUCGUCCUGGUGGGCAACUCCAGCGAGGUGGCGCUGGCCGGCGCCCGCGAGAAGGACGACUUCCUCCACAUGGCGCCCAACGUGGAGGUGCUGACCAUGAAUGAGACGGACCCUAAGAGCAUCAUCAAGAGCAUCUGUGACCUCAUGACGGAGCACUGGCUGCAGGGCGUGGUGUUCGGCGACGACACCGACCAGGAGGCCAUCGCCCAGAUCCUCGACUUCAUUUCAGCCCAGACCCACAUACCCAUCCUCGGAGUCCGCGGGGGCUCCUCCAUGAUCAUGGCUGCCAAGGAUGACGACUCCAUGUUCUUCCAGUUCGGCCCCUCCAUCGAGCAGCAGGCUUCGGUCAUGCUGAACAUCAUGGAGGAGUACGACUGGUACAUCUUCUCCAUCGUCACCACGUACUACCCGGGGUACCAGGACUUUGUCACCAAGGUCCGCAGCACCACCGAGAACAGCUUUGUGGGCUGGGAGCUGGAGGAAGUUAUACUGCUGGACAUGUCGGUGGAUGACGGAGAUUCUAAGAUCCAGAACCAGCUGAAGAAGCUCGGGAGCCCCGUCAUUCUUCUCUACUGCACAAAAGAGGAGGCCAACACCAUCUUCGAGGUGGCCCACUCUGUCGGGAUCACUGGCUACGGCUACACGUGGAUAGUGCCCUCGCUGGUAGCUGGAGACACCAUUGUAGUGCCUGCAGAGUUCCCCACAGGGCUGCUCUCCGUGUCCUAUGACGAGUGGGACUACGGCCUGGAGGCCCGCGUUCGCGACGGCGUGGCCAUCAUCACCAUGGCGACCUCCACCAUGAUGAUGGACCGCGGACCUCACACCCUGCUGAAGUCCGAGUGCCACGGGACCCCGGACAAGAAGACCCCCAUCUCAGGCAACCCCAACGAAGUGCUCAGGUACCUGAUGAAUGUGACGUUCGAGGGGCGUAAUCUGUCGUUCAGCGAGGACGGAUACCAGAUGCACCCCAAGCUGGUCAUCAUUCUGCUCAACAAGGAGAGGCAGUGGGAGAGGGUGGGUAAAUGGGAGAACGGUUCCCUGUCCAUGAAGUACCACGUGUGGCCUCGCCACGAACUGUACGGGGGCGCGGCGAGCAGGGAGGACGACCACCUGUCCAUCGUGACGCUGGAGGAGGCUCCGUUCGUCAUCGUGGAAGACGUGGAUCCACUCAGCGGGACCUGCAUGAGGAACACCAUACCCUGUCGGAAACAGAUCAAAACACUCAAUCAGACGAAGGAUUCGGGGAUCUACAUAAAGCGCUGCUGUAAGGGAUUCUGCAUCGACAUCCUGAAGAAGAUUGCCAAGACGGUGAAGCUCACCUUUGACCUCUACCUGGUCACCAACGGCAAGCACGGCAAGAAGAUCAAUGGGACGUGGAACGGCAUGGUGGGAGAGGUGGUGUUAAAAAACGCCCACAUGGCCGUCGGCUCCUUGACCAUCAACGAGGAGAGGUCAGAGGUCAUCGACUUUUCCGUCCCCUUCAUCGAGACGGGCAUCAGCGUCAUGGUCUCCCGUAGCAAUGGCACAGUUUCGCCCUCGGCCUUCUUAGAGCCCUUCAGCGCGGAUGUGUGGGUGAUGAUGUUCGUGAUGCUGUUGCUGGUGUCAGCAAUGGCUGUGUUUAUAUUCGAGUACUUCAGCCCUGUGGGCUACAACCGCUGUCUGGCUGACGGCAAAGAGCCUCACGGUCCAUCCUUCACCAUCGGUAAGGCCAUCUGGCUGCUGUGGGGUCUGGUGUUUAACAACUCCGUGCCGGUGCAGAACCCCAAAGGCACCACCAGUAAGAUCAUGGUGUCGGUGUGGGCCUUCUUCGCUGUCAUCUUCCUGGCCUCAUACACUGCCAACCUGGCCGCUUUCAUGAUCCAGGAGGAAUAUGUGGACCAGGUAACUGGUCUCUCAGACAAAAAGUUCCAGAGUCCCAACGACUUCUCGCCUCCGUUUCGGUUCGGCACUGUCCCAAACGGGAGUACGGAGAGAAACAUUAGGAACAACUAUCCGGAGAUGCACGGCUACAUGACAAAGUUCCAUCAGAAAAACGUCAACGAAGCUCUGGGGAGUCUCAAGGCUGGCAAACUAGACGCUUUCAUUUACGACGCGGCCGUACUCAACUACAUGGCCGGCAGGGACGAGGGCUGCAAGCUGGUGACCAUCGGCAGCGGCUACAUCUUCGCCACCACGGGCUACGGCAUCGCCAUCCAGAAGGAGUCGAUCUGGAAGAGGCACGUGGACCUGGCCAUCCUGCAGCUCUUCGGAGACGGUGAGAUGGAGGAGCUGGAGUCCCUGUGGCUGACGGGGAUCUGCCACCACGAGAAGAACGAGGUGAUGUCCAGCCAGCUGGACAUCGACAACAUGGCCGGCGUCUUCUACAUGCUCGGCGCCGCCAUGGCGCUGUCGCUCAUCACCUUCAUCUGCGAGCACUGGUUCUACUGGCAGCUGCGCUUCUGCUUCAUGGGCGUCUGCUCCGGCCAGCCCGGCUUCGUCUUCUCCAUCAGCAGGGGCAUCUACAGCUGCAUCCACGGGGUGCAGAUUGAGGAGAAGAGCAGCUCGGCGUUGAACUCCCCAUCAGGCACCAUGAACAACACCCAUUCCAACAUUAUGCGCCUCUUGCGCACCGCCAAGAACAUGGCCUCCCUGUCGGGGGUGAACGGCUCGCCGCACAGCGCUCUGGACUUCAUCCGCCGGGAGUCCUCCGUCUACGACAUCUCUGAACACCGGCGCAGCCUGGCGGGCCACUCGGACUGCAAGCCCCCUUACCUGCCGGAGGACAACAUGUUCAGCGACUACAUCAGCGAGGUGGAGAGGACGUUCGGCAACCUCCACCUGAAGGACAGCAACCUGUACCAGGACCACUACCUGCACCACCACGGUUCGACGCUCGGGCUCAGCGGACCGCCUGCCAACCGGCCCCACAGUUUGGGAAGUGCUAGUUCUCUGGAGGGCGGCAUGUUCGACUGUGACAGCCUGGGCGGAGGGGUGGCCCCUAUUUUCAGCACCCAGCCCUGCUCAGCGCUGACCCACAGGAACAUGAGCAAGUUUGACCUGCUGUCUGGACAGACCAGGCCAGAAUCAGGCCAGGGCUUCAAGGGAGGGCUGCCGGACCUGUACGGGAAGUUCUCCUUCAAGGGAGGCGCCUCAAGUUCCACGUUUGUCCCGGGGCAUGGCUACUGUGGAGGGAGGGGAGACGACGAAGGAAAUAUACGGUCCGAUGUCUCGGACAUUUCCACGCACACAGUGACUUAUGGAAACCUGGAGGGUAAUGCCAAGAAGCGCAAACAAUACCGUGAUAGCCUGAAAAAGAGGCCGGCCUCUGCCAAGUCCAGACGGGAGCUGGACGAGAUCGAGCUGGGCUACAGGAGGAAACCCUACCACAUCAGCCACCACCACUACCACGGCCACCGCUCUACCUCCCCACCGCUUUUGCCCUCCGAACGGAAGAGAGGAGGAGGAGGAGGAGGUGGAGGAGGAGGAGGAAACAACAACGGGAACUCCUAUCUCUUCAGAGAAAAGGAGAGCGUUAGGGAUUUUUAUUUGGACCAGUUUCGUCCCAAAGAGGGCGUUCCUCAGUGGGAACACGUGGACCUGACAGAGGGCCCUGGGGGCAGAGACGGAGGAGUGGGGCCCUGCCCCACCUUGGUUCCAGUGGAUGACUUUCUUAAGAGCAAACCCAAAAAGACAGAUCCAAAGACUGGUGGAGGAUCUGGGCUGGCAGGGGGAGAGUGGGAGUGCAGGAACUGUCGGGCCAGCGGGGGAGGACUGGUCAAGCAGAUGUCCAUGCAUGGAGGCGGGGGUGGUGGAGGGUAUGGUGGCGGCAUGAGCUGCGGCACUUCGGGAGGCGGAGGAAACAGCCGCCCCAGCUCUGCGACCUGCAUGCGCUGCGAGGGCUGUAAAAAGACAGGAAACCUCUACGAUAUCAGCGAGGACAACAACCACCUCUUGGAACAGAUGGGGGGAGGGAAAGGUGUGGGAGGAGGAGGUAUAGGCGCAGGCCCUCCAUCUCAAUCUCAGGGCCAGCAGAGGAGGAAGGGAGGAGGCUUCGGCAAACCGCUGAGACGGCAGCACUCGUACGACGCGUUUGUCGACCUUCAGAAGGAGGAGUCAGGCGGGAUGGGAAGUUUGAUGGGGGGCCUGGGAGGCGGCGGAGGGAUGACUGGUGUCGGUAUGGGAGGGAUGCUGCCCCCACCCAGGAGCGUCAGCUUGAAGGAGAAAGAGCGCUACAUGGAGGGCACCAGCCCUUUCGCGCACAUAUUUGAGCGCCACGGGGGCUCGGAGAGAGAAAGGGAGCGAGACAGGGACCCGCUGUUUUACGGGGGUGAGGGCCGCAAAGGAGCCGGCUCGCCGUUCGGCCUGUUCAGAGGCGGCGAGGGCCUCCACCGCCGCUCCGUCGGAGAGAGAGACAUGCGAGACAGGGAUAGGUCUUUGAUGGAAGGAGGAGGCGGGGGAGGCUUCUCUUUAUCCAAAUCCCUUUACCCCGACAGGGUAAACCAAAACCCCUUUAUUCCCACCUUUGGCGACGACCAGUGUCUGAUGCACGGAGCCAAACAAUAUUACAUGAAAAAGCAACAGCAGCAGCAACAAGUUGCCAAAAACAGCCGAAGUGACUUCAGGAGCCAGAUGAGCACGACGUCGUACUCCGCCACAGCCGGGGUGAUGUCCAACGCGACCCCCCGGUUCCCGAAAGAGCUCAGCCUCGGUGGAAUGAACCACCACGGCUCCAUGCUGGGGGUCGGCCCCCCGCGUCCCUUCAAUGGAAGCAAUGGCCAUGUGUACGAGAAACUCUCCAGCAUUGAGUCUGACGUGUAAGAGCAAGAAGAGGAGGAGGAGGAGGAGGAGCAGCGGACGGUGGCGAGGGAGGAGUGGGGGGGGGGGCAUGUGGUGUUAGGAGAUCAGGAAAGACACUGUCCACACACUGCAACCCUAGCCCAUAUUGGGACAGAACGAUGAGGUAAGACAGGAGAGAGACUGUCAAAAGUGAGAUGAGAGUAAGAAGGAAAAGGGAAAAAUCAAAACCAGGAUACCCUGAGGAGCUGUGGGAUGUUAACCCUCCCUCAGAAACGGCCAAAGCUACUCAAACACAGUCAAUCAACGGUCCCCUCACCGUCACCAAAAUGCACUCCGCUCCGAGUCCAUCACUUCAUCCACCAGCGGGGCAGAAGUUGGUUAUUAUCGCAAAGAGGCGACACCUCGUCUUCGUUCGAUAUUGGACGCGUGAGCCUGGUGCGAUGUCUGAGAGCUCCCGCUGAGGAAAGACUGCGAGAGCGAGCUGCCCAUCUGCCCCUGUGUCACCGCGGAAAGGAGACAUUGUCACGUUUCACAGAGGAGAUGACUAGUGCCUCUCUCUCUCUCUCUCUCUCUCUCUCUCUCUCUCUCUCUCUCUCUGGAAGGAGACAGCCCGGCCCUGUCCAUCCUGCACUCUUCUUCCCCCCCUCCUCCUCAUCCCUGACGCCAAAAGAGCUGAUCUUGUUUGCUAUGAGAAAUACAAUCAUGAAUGAUAAUAAGAUAUUCUUAUGGAAAAAAAAACACACAGGGUAUAACAACAACAAUAAUAUUGAUAACAUUGUGAAUAACAAAGACGUUCGUGCUGAUUAUAACACUGCUUAUGAUAUCACUAAGUUUUUCUUGUUUUAUGUUCUGUUGGUAUAAUAUUUCACUACUGUUUUAGUAUCUGUAGUUGUAUCCUGUCUGCCCCGGGUGGCAGCAGGGAGGUUGUUUUUAGUUCAACCAACAAGCCAGAAAGACUGAAGUCCUUAACUCCCUUUUUUUUCUGUGUUCUGUAGAAUAUUUUACUCCAUGCUCAUACAUUUAUUUGCUCCAAAAACGGGAUCUGGGGGACACGUUUAGAGCCGAUAGAUCCUCAUUUGAUGUUUUCAAGACGUUACAAGUGCACACACACACACACACUUAAACACAUCUGAACUUGUGUUACUGUGAACGACGCGUUUCGUCCGGAGCUGAAGACACUGAGAGGAAGGACGUGCCUUAAAGGUCUCCAGUGGACGUGUCCUUCUGGUUCACACGCGGCCCUCGCAGCGCCAGGCAGCACCGGAAAGGGUGGGGGGACCGGCACGCCUUCAGGCUGCUCGGUGUUCUCUUCACGUUCAUGAGCCAAAAACUGCAGUUCAAAACUUACGGCAGGCUUGAGACGCGACAACUGACGGUUAAGAUACAAGGGGAGGUUUCGUAAGAUUUAUUUCGUACGUCGAUAUUUGAGCGGCGCUUUGCGAACCAAGAUGUUUUCAGGAUAUGUCGCGGGCGGGCCGACGCAUCCCACUUCACAACCCGGCAGCCUUCAGACCACUUCUUUUUAUUCAGGUUACACGAUAGCAGUCGCCAGGCGCUCGCUAUUUUUUUUCCGGCCUCUCUCACCAGUUUCUCGACGUAGGCGUUGCUUUUCACUCACGUAACCGGUCUGAGAGCCGCGCACACAGAAAACUUUGUUUGUACAUUGUGUAUGAUUAAUAUAUGCACUGUUGGGUUUUUUUUGUUGGCGAAAUGCAACAAAAUGUGUAGGAGACAUGUUGUCGCACCCGUUACGAUGAUGCCGAUUGAAGCUCGAGGAGAGGAGGAUGUCUAAUUGAAAGAGGCCUCUUGAACACCGACAGAGGCGUCCGGAAGGCGGCCAUCUUGCCAACGCUUUCCGGCUUUUCACUCCGACCGAUGUAGAUAUAGUGCUUCUGAGCUGGAGAGGCCUCAUUUAUUAUUGCACAGGACCUUUUACUCAGUGUAGGUUCAGGCACUCAGUAGACAUGCCUUAUCAUCCCAUCACCCACCCACCCACCCACCCCAACACCCAGAGCUGUCUGAUGGUGACUCAUCGUAUUACUGUACAGAAUAAAGAAGCCUCUUUUAAAGGGUUGAUCUUCGAUUAGCUGGCGGUGUCAAAAGUUCAAGGGCUGCGGGAGACUGCGCAGGAGUGCUGGCCUGGUGGUGGAGCUGCUGGAGUGUGAUCUUUGUCAUGGCGGACUUCUAUCUUAUACCCUAAUCUAAAUGGUUUGGCGUGCGCGUGUGUGUGGAGGGAAGCAAAUCACAAUUGAAUGAUUACAGCUGUUUUUUUCUUUUCCCCCUCACUAACCUGCUGAUAACUAUUCAUAAGUUCAGCCGCCUCUUCCUCUUUCCCUCACUCCACAGACAACACCAUCAACGUGAGACUGAUCGAGUUAGCCUUAAAUCAAACAGAUCCAUCCACCCCUCCCCCUCCCCGAUGACUCUCCUAAUAAAUAGAUUGGGAUCUCUGGAAUUUUUAUACGCACACAUUUUGGAAAGUUCAGGUCAACCAUUAUCAGCGAGAUGGUGCAAGGAGGAGACCAGGAACUGACGAGGAAAUAAGCAACGAGACUCCGGAGUGUUGGGCAUCAAUCAGCGUCGGCAUUUGUACGUUCAGUCUUUUCCCUGUAAAUAGUCUAUUUAAAACUCUUUUCACUUUGUACAGUAAACAGACAGACAGGAUGUAACUUUCAAUGUGUUUUACAGCGAAUUUAAGAAAUAAACAAAACCACGAUAAAAACUCGGAAAAACAAAAAAAACAUCAUGAACAAAAAUAUGCAAAAUAUAGUUAAGACACAGAUAUUACGAAUCAUAAGUGAUAUAAUUGAACCUCUUUUUCUUUAAAUCUCAUGUUUACUUGAUUAUGAUAGUUUACCGAUGAGUAUACUGAUUAUGUUAAGAAUUAUGCUUUUUUUUUCAUAUUUUCACUAAAGUGUUGGAACUCGAGGAUAAUUUACUGUAGGUGUAGACGUUUGGUGAUUAAAAGGGGAAAGUUUAGUUUUAGGAGUCCUUGCUAAGCUUGCCUCGAAUUGUGUUAGAUUCUCUCGUUUUAAGGUAAGCUCUUCUUCAUGCUUUUUGAGAUGACAAAUCAAUUAUCUACACAUUUAUGGAAUACAAUAUUAAGUGUAUACAUAGAUGAUAUUUGCGUAUAGAGGCAGUAUAUUGUGAUCCUUCAUUUUUUUUUUUUAAGCUGCGAUCCUUGUCAAAAACUUACAGGAUGUUUGUGUUGGGUUUUUGGACCUGGGCUCUUAACGGUGAUUGCACACAGAAUUUAAGAGCCAUCGUGGGCCCGGCCUAUCCUGUUCCCUCUCUAUGUUUGGGAUAUACAUCACUGUGGUAAAGGAUACACACACACACACACUCUUAUAUAAACACACACACACAAAUGCGCGCUGGACAUUUCCCCAGAGUUGAUGUUAAUACUGCAGAGGAUUUCAGUGCAAUAUUGAACCAACAGCGAGUGUAGUUUCAUCCUAUUGAGAAUCCAUUCGAAGCGGAGAUGCAUUUGUGCAACCCCCUGAUUAAAAGGUGCAACAUUUCUUCUGUCACGUCUCGUUUUCUGCGGAGGUUCGUUUCAGGGGGGAAUCAACCGCUGUUGCUACAUGUUUAGCUCGCCUGUUGCUGAACUGUGCUGUGUGACAGACGGAAACACUUAAAAGCUUUGGAUUUUCUAAUUUAUAUGUGUGCGACUUUUGUGCACCGCUCGUUUCUCAGUGCGAGAGACGGGAGAUCUAUGAUUUGUAAUUGUGUUGUGUACAUAUGCGAGUUUGUCUGUCCCCCCCCCCCCCCCAUGCAGUCGGAAGUUAUUUCCCCCGGUCUUCUUCUGUACGGCACUGAUUCCAAUAAGUCUCUAUAAUCCUCGCCCCGGCCCUGAGAGAGAGACAUUCAUCUCUCUCCUGUUUUUUCUCCUCAACUGCUUUCGUGUCUAGCGGGUUGAUUGAAAAGUGAAGAAUGUGUCCGCGUGCACGUACAAACUCUGUUGGGUUUGCAUAUUUUUUUUUCACACAAGCCACCGCGACCCUUUCUCCUCAUUUGCAAUAAACCGGAUGACGAAACAGAAAACAAAGCUCUUACACACUAUAUGUGCCAAUUCAUCACUUCCUUCCACUUGUGUGUUUUUGUUUUGCACUGGGAGGGCGAGCUAUAGGACCAGCGUCCAGCUGCUGGUUGGGGGAGUCGAGGUGCACCUGACACUGUGGUAAAACAUGCUAUCAUCAGGCCUUUACCACCUCCAGCUGCUCUGCUGCAGAGUAAGCAUGGCUCGCCAGAAGUCUUUUUUUAAUUUUUUUAUUUCCCUCACGACCCGGUUGGUCCCGGGCUCUCAUGCCACUACACAUUUGUUCAAAUGGGUAAAGCAAAAAAACAACAACAACAACAACCACUGUGUCACAUUUUUACAACACAACAAACGUCUGUGGCAAGUCGGCGGGUCUGGGACAUCCUGGAGGUGGAGGGUGUAAAUCUCACCCUCUGCUGACGCGUGUGUGGGUUUUUUUUUUUUUCUGUCAGGGAUACUGACACACGGGACCAAACGAGAGCAUGACGUGGUCAGCCACAGGGAUCGAUGUACCGGUUAAACUGACUCGUGAAAAUGUAUUUGACAUCAAUAUUUCAAUCAUGGUGUGUUGUUUCUUUUGUUGUCGUUUUUUUUAAUCAACAAGUCACAUGCAGAUAGGAAGAAUUAUACUGUGAUAUUAUGCGAUUGAUUUUGUUGUGAAGCUCCAUGUAAUUUAGCUGCUUAUAAUUUUCCAGUUCACUCUUAAUUCAUUUGCAGAAGCCGUUUACUCAUAUUUUAAAGAUCUAUCUGUGUGUGCGUGUGUUAAUAUGUAUUGAUAUUGCUUUAUAUUGAUGCAUACAAAAAUUUUCUAUUAAAUUGUGUACAGCUUUGUUUGUUUAAUAUUGCUAUUUUCCAUCGUCGUCAUUCAUACGGUCAAGAAUGAAAAAGGCAUCAGGGGUUGCUACUAAAUGUAUUUCACCAGGUGAACACACAUCGAUUAGAUUUACUGUGGGCUAACAAUAUGUAACAUAUGAAUAAUGUCAAUUGUAUACAUAAUGAUAUACAUAAUAUUAUUCUUGGCCAUUCUUUUCUCUUUUUGUGGCCCUUUUCUUUGAAAUAAUCCCCCCAAUUUUUACGCCAUACGAACAGAAAACGACACAAAAACAAAUAAUUGUACAGGUUGUGUAAAUACUGAAUAUCGGGGGAAACAUUUACCUUGUUUUGGGUUUUUUUGUAUGGAAACGAUCAAAGUAAUCUCAAUAACAAAAAUCAACUGCGUCAUGACAAAGUCGCAACAAAAAAAACAGAAAAAAACAUUAAGGUACCUCUAAUAAGGAUAAUACUGAUAUCUACAGUUAUAAGUGCUCAAAUAAGACUAUCCUUUCUCUUUGUACAUGAUGAACAAAAUGAAGUGUUGAGUAUUAAUAAUAAAAAACUAAGUUUCACGCAUGUG